CAUGUUGCAGCACUUCACCGAUGACUGCUAUGUUAGCAGGCAGCCAAUGAGGGUUGAAGGAGGCAGGCAUGCAUUCAGUUGUCGAAUGCAUGUCCACACAGUACUCCCCUACUUAUAAAGGAUGCUGAUCACCCUGAAGUGGCCCAGGGAUUUGUUGCAUUUAGAUAGACAUUCAAAAGCCAAGUUCGUCAGCACUCAAUUCAAGCAUUGUUUUCCCGCACCGCACUCAAUUCAAGCAUUGUUUUCCCGCACCGCCUUCAUGCCUUCUGUGAUACCCGUUCCCUCGCACCCGGCGCCACACAAUGCCACGCUGACAACCGCAAUCUCACGAGCCACCCACCAACACCCAGCGCCUCCCACCCAGCUGCGAAACAGCCUCACGCGGUUUACGCCCCAUCCGAAACCUCACUCCUGGUCUUCCAGGCUCCAAUCCCAUCCCCAGCGCCAACACCAUCACACAGACAAUCAAACAGCACUGCGUCUAGGUGUGUGGCUGGCGCGGUGUUUCUCGCAGCCGGCCGUCAGGAACAGAGUGGUCCCGCGAUACGCGUUUCGAGUGCGGCGGUGCCUGGGACGCGAGGGCUAAGCUUUGGCAUGGUGCUUGUCAAGAGCCCUGGAGAAUGCCCCUGCGCAGGCCCUGCACAGGGGGCGCUGCGGUCGCGAACGGGACCGGUGCUGUGAGCUGCGAGAUUGAGCUGGACUGCCUGGGGGCUUUACCUCGUACUCCUAUGGCGGCUUUACUCCCAAGCGUCUCGCACCCACUAGCAGCAACGGAGGCGACCAGGGCGGCGGCGACUCACAACCACCGACUGCGGCUGUCGAC